AUGCAUCAUAUGCUUCCCCUCGCCCUUGGGGGCGUUUCUUUGAUUCUUUAUGCACUUUUUUCCAUCUUCCGGUCGCUGUUUUCAUCCACACGAGCUGUCCCCGGGCCGUUCCUAGCUAGGUUUAGCAACUUCUGGUAUUCUAGAAGGCUUUAUACCGGAAAAUUUGAGACAGAGAACUGUGAGCUUCAUAAGAUAUAUGGGCCUAUCGUUCGCUACGGACCAAACCGCUUCAGCUUCGAUGACCCCGAGGCGACAAAGAUCAUUUUCGGCCACGGAACCCAGUUCGCAAAGUCCUCCUGGUACGACGCAUGGGGCAUCCCCGGAGCAUGGAACCUCUUCAAUGAGCGCCAUAUAAAAACCCACGCGCAGAACAGAAGACUCUACCAGAGCACAUACUCCAUGUCCAGCCUGGUCCACUAUGAGCCGUACGUGGACGAGUGCGCCGAUCUCUUCAGCCAGAGGCUGCUCGAGGUUUCCGAGGCCGGCAUUGCCAUUGACAUGGCUCACUGGUUCCAGUGCUAUGCUUUUGAUGUCAUCGGGCAAAUUACGUAUGCGGAACGGUUGGGAUUUCUGGAUAAAGGGGAGGAUAUUGCGGGCUUCAUCCAAGCCCUCGACCAGAGCUUCAUCUACUCCGCGCUUGUUGGAUUAUUCCCAAGUCUUCACCCCAAGCUGUUUGCUUUGGCAAACUACAUCGAAGGAAACAGCGGCGUAGGGACGCAGUACGUCAGCAAUUUGACACAGAGAAAGAUAGAUCAGCAUAAAGCUGAGCCAAAAGUCAUCCCCACGGAUGGGGACCACGCUGAGCCAUUUGUGUCCAAGUACUUGAGACAGCAUACCGACGACCCGGUUAGGUUUACAAAGUACCACAUCCUGAACGGGUGCAGUUCCAACAUGAUCGCUGGCUCUGACACGACAGCAAUCAGCCUCUCGGCCACUCUGUACUAUCUGCUGAAAACUCCCCGCUGCUUGGAAAAACUGCGGACGGAAAUUCUCGAGUUCCAAGAGCAGGGAAGGAUUUCCAAGUCGCCGACCUUCAAAGAGAGCCAGGACAUGCCGUACCUGCAAGCUGUGAUCAAAGAGGCAUUACGCAUGCAUCCUGCCACGGGUCUACCCCUCGAGCGGGUCGUCCCAGAGGGUGGUGCUACGAUCAGCGGCACUUUCUUUCCAGAAGGCACAAUUGUAUCGGUAAACACGUGGGUACAGCACCGCAACCGAAGCGUUUUCGGCGAGGAUGCCGACAGCUUCAAUCCCGAGAGAUGGCUGUCCAACGAUGCGGAAAGAAUUUCGCUGAUGAAUCGCUACUGGAUGCCCUUUGGUCUGGGCUCUCGAACCUGCAUAGGGCGGCACAUUUCAAUGCUGGAGAUGUGUAAACUCAUCCCACGUAUUGUCCGAGACUUUGAUUUCCAGCUUGAUGGAAGCAUAGCGAAUCCAGAUGUCUCCUGGAAGACAACGGCUUACUGGUUUGUGAAGCCUAGGGACUUCAAUGUUCGAGUCACUCCACGCCAAGAGGUCUACACCGAGAAGACGGCUGUAGCUUGA